AGAGGAGGGGAAAGCAGCGCAGAGAUCGCAGAGACUGAGGAGGCGCCCGCGGCUGCAGAGCUGCAGAUUGGGGUCCCUUCGGUCUUUCACUGUCCGGCCUCCCGGCGCGCAGCUGGGCCAGAGGGUAGUGCAUCCUUUUGGCGCGGUCCAAGAGGGCCGCUGUGGUCGGCAAGCUGGCUCCCCGGGUGGCCACUGGGACCCCAGAGCCUAAUGGCGGGGGUGGCAGCAAAAUCGACAGCACCGUAGAGAUCACCCCCAGCUCCAACGGACAGGUCGGGACCCUUGGAGAUGCUGUGCCCACCGAGCAGCUGCAGGGUGAGCGCGAGCGAGGGCGGGAGGGGGAGGGCGAUGCGGGCGGCGACGGGCUGGGCAGCAGCCUGUCGCUGGCCGUACCCCCAGGCCCCCUCAGCUUUGAGGCGCUGCUCGCCCAGGUGGGGGCGCUGGGCGGCGGCCAGCAGCUGCAGCUCGGCCUCUGCUGCCUGCCGGUUCUCUUCGUGGCUCUGGGUCUGGCCUCGGACCCCAUCUUCACGCUGGCGCCCCCACUGCAUUGCCACUACGGGGCCUUCCCUCCCAACGCCUCUGGCUGGGAGCAGCCCCCCAAUGCCAGCGGCGUUAGCGUCGCCAGCGCGGCCCUAGCAGCCAGCGCAGUCAGCCGCGUCGCCACUAGUACGGACCCCUCGUGUAGCGGCUUCGCCCCGCCAGACUUCAAUCAUUGCCUCAAGGACUGGGACUAUAAUGGCUUGCCGGUGCUCACCACCAACGCCAUCGGCCAGUGGGAUCUGGUGUGUGACCUGGGCUGGCAGGUGAUCCUGGAGCAGAUCCUCUUCAUCUUGGGCUUUGCCUCCGGCUACCUGUUCCUGGGUUACCCCGCAGACAGGUUUGGCCGACGUGGGAUUGUGCUGCUGACCUUGGGGUUGGUAGGCCCCUGUGGAGUAGGAGGAGCUGCUGCAGGCUCUUCCACCGGAGUCAUGGCCCUCCGAUUCCUCCUGGGUUUUCUGCUUGCUGGAGUUGACCUUGGUGUCUACCUGAUGCGCUUGGAGCUGUGUGAUCCAACCCAGAGGCUUCGGGUGGCCCUGGCAGGGGAGUUGGUGGGGGUGGGAGGGCACUUCCUGUUCCUGGGCCUGGCCCUUGUCUCUAAGGACUGGCGAUUUCUGCAGCGAAUGAUCACCGCUCCCUGCAUCCUCUUCCUGUUUUAUGGCUGGCCUGGUCUGUUUCUGGAGUCUGCACGGUGGUUGAUAGUGAAGCGGCAGAUUGAGGAAGCUCAAUCUGUGCUGAGGAUCCUGGCUGAGCGGAACCGGCCCCAUGGGCAGAUGCUGGGGGAAGAAGCCCAAGAGGCUCUGCAAGACCUGGAGAACACCUGCCCUCUCCCUGCAACAUCCACUUUCUCCCUCGCGUCCCUCCUCAACUACCGCAACAUCUGGAAAAAUCUGCUUAUCCUGGGCUUCACCAACUUCAUUGCCCAUGCCAUUCGCCACUGCUACCAGCCUGUGGGAGGAGGAGGGAGCCCAUCAGACUUCUACUUGUGCUCCCUGCUGGCCAGCGGCACAGCAGCCCUGGCUUGCGUCUUCCUGGGGGUCACUGUGGACCGAUUUGGCCGUCGGGGCAUCCUGCUUCUAGCAAUGACCCUCACUGGCAUCGCAUCCCUAGUCCUGCUGGGUCUGUGGGAUUAUCUGAAUGAGGCUGCCAUCACCACGUUCUCUGUUCUUGGGCUCUUCUCCUCCCAAGCAGCUGCUAUCCUCAGUACUCUCCUUGCUGCUGAAGUUAUCCCCACCACCGUCCGGGGCCGUGGCCUGGGUCUGAUCAUGGCACUGGGGGCACUUGGGGGGCUGAGUGGUCCAGCCCAGCGCCUCCACAUGGGACAUGGAGCCUUCCUGCAGCACGUGGUGCUGGCGGCCUGUGCCCUCCUCUGCAUCCUCAGCAUUAUGCUUCUGCCAGAGACCAAGCGCAAGCUCUUGCCUGAGGUGCUCCGAGAUGGGGAGCUGUGCCGUCGGCCUUCCCUACUACGGCAGCCACCCCCUAACCGCUGUGACCAUGUCCCAUUGCUUGCCACCCCCAAUCCUGCCCUCUAAGCGGCCUCUGUGCACCCUGGUGUGAGGCUGGCCCAUAGAGAAAGGUGACAGGCCCUGGCAAGGAGACCAGGAAGAGAGAGGAAGGCAGGGCUGCCCAGAAGGCUCCAAGGCACCUCACACCAGCCAUGGAGGAAAACUCCGAGGGCCGCCCCCACCCCCAUCUCCUCCCUGCUGCUUUGUGUUCAUGUCCUCAGCAAGUCAGGGAAUAGGGAGAGAGCUCCAUACUGUAACAUGGGUCUGGGCUCCAUCUUGUGCCCAAAGACAUCCUCCCAGACCUCAUUCUUUCUUGCUCUAUCAUUCUGUUUCAAUAAAGACAUUUUGAAUAAAUGAGCAUAUCACAGCCUGGA